AUGACAGCGUCCUCUUCUUCUUACAGUGAGAUCGUUCUUGAGCAAUGGCGUCGACUAGAUCAGAUAUUGAACGCUCCCGGCAAGUCCUUGCACUUGAAUGGCAACAAUGCGACAAUCGCUGAAAUUGUAGCCAUCGCUCGCUACAAUUGCGACGUCGAGAUCGACAAGAACGCAAGAGACGCUCUUGAAGCAAGUAGGAACGCGCUCCAAGCUCAAUUGGACAAGGAAGCCGUUAUUUAUGGCGUGAACACUGGCUUUGGCGGCACAGCACACCUGCGUACGAAGGAAAUAGAGCAACUUCAGCGCGUCCUCAUUCGAGAACUACACUAUGGAAUACUGCCACCCACGAACGAUGCCCACUGCCCUGAUUGCCCCCGAAAUGCCAACCAACACUCCCAAGAGACCGAAUCCUCCUUCCAUAAAUGGACAUCCACCCCAGAAUACCCAUCAGAAUCUCUGUACCUCCCCAAAGCCUGCGUACGCGCCACCAUCGCCAUCCGCAUAAACUCCCUCUUGAAAGGGUUUUCUAGCGUCCGCCCCGUGAUCGUAGACAGACUCCUCGACUUACUCAACCAAGACAUCAUCCCCAUGAUACCCACACGCGGAAGUAUUUCUGCUUCGGGUGAUCUGAGCCCUCUCUCCUACAUCGGCGGCGCAAUUCAGGGGAAACCCACAAUCCGCAUCCUCCCAUCCUCCAACAGCCACAAGAUUAGGACCGCACACUCAGCUCUCGCAGCCGCCGGCAUCGAGCCAGUGACGCUCCAAGCGAAAGAAGGUCUCGCGAUCGUCAACGGCACUGCCGUCUCCGCAGCCUUGGGUUCCCUGGUCCUUUGGGACGCACACACCCUAGCCCUGCUCUCCCACCUCCUCACAGCCAUGAGCGUAGAAGCCCUCCUCGGCACCUCAGAAAGUUUCCACCCCUUCCUAUCCCACGCACGGCCUCAUCCCGGCCAAAUCGACUCCGCAAACCUCGUCCUCUCCUUCCUGCACACUUCACAACUCACGCAACAAAACAGCGGCAACCUCCCACAAACACUUCGUCAAGACCGCUACUCCAUCCGCACAGCCCCGCAAUGGCUAGGGCCCGUCCUCGAAGAUCUAACGCUCGCGCACCAACAGCUCAGCAUCGAACUAAACUCCGCAACCGACAACCCGCUCAUCGACCCCACCUCCACCACCAGCGCUUCCUUCCACGGGGGCAACUUCCAAGCCCGCGCCCCUCACGCCGCCAUGGAAAAGACCCGGCAAUCCCUCCAUCUAAUCGGCCGCAUGCUCUUCGCCCAACUGACCGAGAUGAUAAACCCGUCCACGAGCAGAGGCCUGCCUCCAAACCUCGUCGCCGAGGACCCAAGCACGUCUUUCAUCUUCAAGGGCGCGGAUAUUUAUGCGGCGGCGUUGCAGGCGGAAUUGGGCUUUCUGGCGGGGCCGGUCAAUCAUGUCAUGUGUGCCGAGAUGGGGAAUCAGAGCUUGAAUUCUUUGGCCCUGGUGGCGGCGCGGUAUACGGCGACCGCGGUGGAGGUACUGGCGCAGUUGAAUGCGGUGCAUGCGGUCGCGGUGUGUCAGGCGUUGGAUCUGCGGGCGAUAGGGAUGGGGUUUUUUGAGGAAUGGAGGGCUGGGUGGAAGGUGUUGGUGGAGAAAUGUUUCGCGGAUGGUGAUGUUUGCGGGGGUGUGGAUCGAAAGGGGUUGGAGGAGGUACUGUGGGCACAGCUGUUAAAGUGUUUCGAUGACACGGUUAGCAUGGAUGCAGAACAUCGGUUUCCUGCAAUUGCAAAGGGAGUGCGGGAUGCACUGCUCGAUUUGCCGGGAGUGAAGAUGAGCGAUGCGUUUUGGCAGGCGGCGCAGAAGUUCAAGGAAGAGCUUGCGUUGACUCUAAGGGAGUCUUGGUGCGCGUAUCGUGACGCGUACAUGGCUCAUGUGGAUGCUUCGCACUUGCUUGGACGAGGCAGUAGGAGACUCUACCGGUUCGUGAGGCAUGAUUUGAAGGUGCCGUUUCUGUGCACGGCGCGCUUGGAAACGCCACCAUCUGAGCAGGAAGUUGGACAGUCUGAGGGAGGUGCAGGUGAUGUGGAAGAGGAGCCGAUGACUGUUGGGUCUUACUACGGCAAGGUGUAUCGCGCCGUGAAGGACGGGAGGGUUGCAAGAGUGAUGAUGGAUAUCGUUGAGGAGGUCAAAAGACCCGAUGAGAAUGGGUCGGAGCGUUCGAUUGUGUGA